AUGACGUUCCACGAUGAGGAUAUCGAUCAGGAAUUGCCCCUAUGCAUUGAUGACGAACAACUCCGCUUUGGCUUGUCGCCUAAGCCGGUUGUCUGCGGGCCUUCCGUAACUUCCGGCAGCGUGGCUCAAAUAAGGUUAUCUCGAAUCCUUGCACGAAUUCUCCGGGCUUUUUACGGAAUACGUACUCCAUCUACCGAAGAGCACUUUGUAUUGGCCGACAAGUUCAGCCAAGAGUUAUCAGAAUGGCGAGAUCACAUAUCCUAUCUUCUAGAUGCCGGCGGGAGCUCUGUGAUCUUCGUCAAGUUGGUUCUGCGUCAACGCGACGUUCUCAAGCUUGCGUACUGGCACGCCCAAGCCCAAAUCCUCGUCUAUCGACCAUUUCUGUUAAAGACAUUUUCUACCGUCGACUCGAAUGACGAAACCUUUUUGCUAGCUAGGCAAGGACAGACUCAACAGAACAUCAAAAGUUGCAUCGACGCGGCAAUGAGUAUUGCUGAGCACAUUAGUACUAUUGACGCUGUUGGGGAGUUCUACAGCACCUUGUUUUUCAUCCCGUAUUACGGCUUCAGCGCUGUAGUAAUUCUCUACGUCUACGCCAUCCAACAACGAGCAGAGGCUCCGGAGAAGUAUUUUCUUUGCUUUCAGCUGGCUUCAAAAUGCCAUUCCCUGUAUGAGCGAAACUCAGUGAAGGGGACCUUGACUCAACGCUACGGGGUCGUUCUACAAGAACUGCGCCUCGAAGUUCUCCGAAACAACAACUACCUGGCUUCUACUUCACCCAUCCAGGCUGGUGGAGACUCCUUGCCCAGCGAAAUGAGGACAGCAAGAGAUUCUUCAACAGCAACUGCGACUUACAGCGUAAGAGCGAAAAGCCAAUUUGACGACCUGCACAUCGGCUCAAAGGCUGCAACAUCUCAGAUAGAGAACACCACCGAGAACCAACUAGUCAAUGGCAAUGCUGGCCAUGUAACUUCAGUUGACGCUUUAAAUACCGAACUCUUUCAAAUCAGCGAUUGGGGCCAAUUUGACUCUUUGGUUACGGGCGGCAUCGGAAGCCUGGACGCCUUUGUCCUCGGUGAGCCUAACGAGGCCUGGGAAAAUAUCAACACUUCAGGCUUCAACGCCUGA